UGUUUCCUUAGAUUUCAUUCAAACCAAACUUUUUUAAAUAACACCGCAAAAUGGCAUGGCUGUGGUUAAUUCUAGUGGUUGCAGUGUUGCCAUUUCAACUCACUUACAGUUUUAAAAGAAACUAUGAAGCAAAAUACAUUAACUCCAACAUUCCAGAAUGGAAGCAAAGAGCGUGUGAAAAGCCGCAUAAGGACAAAGCAAGCACACAUUAUUUUUGCGACACUAAGGGUGAUGUCAAAUGUUUACCAGGUUGGCAAGGCGACUUGUGUCAGGUGCCCAUGUGUCGGAGGGGGUGCGACCCCAUGAAUGGUUAUUGCCAAAAACCUGGAGAAUGUCGCUGCCGGAUAGGUUAUACCGGAGAAUUGUGCAACAAAUGUAUACCGCUUCCUGGUUGUCAACAUGGUUAUUGCAAUAAACCUUUUGAAUGUAUAUGUAAUACUGGAUGGGACGGUCUAUUUUGCACUGAACCUACUUGCCGACAAGGUUGUCAUAGCACACGGGGUUAUUGUGAGGUACCAGGUGAAUGUCGCUGUCGUAUAGGUUGGGCUGGACGCAAUUGCAGCGACUGUUCUGUGCUGCCUGGUUGUCGGUUUGGCACAUGUAGUAAGCCGCUGGAAUGCAAAUGUCUGCCGGGUUACACUGGGCUAUUGUGCUCAACCGCACUUUGUGCGGAUAAUUGCAAUAAAAGGCAUGGCUACUGCCUCAAUCCAGGAGAAUGCCGUUGCAGGGUCGGUUGGACUGGUAAAAAUUGUGAUAAAUGUUAUCCAUAUCCUGGCUGUGUCAAUGGUGACUGCGACAAGCCAUGGGAAUGCAAUUGUAAGACUGGUUGGGGAGGUAUGCUCUGCGAUGAAAAACUAACCUUCUGUAAAGAUAAUCCAAACAUUUGCAAAAAUGGCGGAAGAUGUAUUUCGACAACACAUCAUGAUGGCAGCUUUCAAUGUCACUGCAAACACGGUUAUUUGGGUAAAAAUUGCGAAAUUACGGAUGAAUUUCUAUUAACGUCGACAGCAGAACCGAGAAUUACUCCUCCGACAUUACCAAUUCAAUUAGAUGAGUCAGAGGAAGUAAUGGCACAAAGUAUAUUUUUACUUCCCGCAGGUGUAACUUCAAGGCCAACAACAACAACGACCACAGCAACUGUAAUAAGUGCCAACAUUAAUGAAAAACUGUCAAAGACUGCGCCGACUAGAACAGCAUUAAUUAAUACAUUAUCUAUAACGACAACUGAAUCCAAAGAAUUAUUAAAUAAAACCACACACGCACUAGGCAAUGAAACGCAAAAUAUGAAUAUUCAUAAACAUAUUUUGGUAGAUAGCGCGUCAGAGAAGCAGCAUGUAUUUUCACAGAAUUCCACAAUCACCGAAUCCAUCACAACUGUCUGGCCUCAAUCGAGUGUUAAUUCAACAAUUAUACAAACCGCCGUAAAUGAAAAUUUUGAUGUCUCAAACAAUAAUUUGAUGCAAAACCAAUCGAUAGACAGACUAAACUCAGCACCUACUAUAAAAGCUCCCACAACAACCAUACAAUUAUUACAUACAAAGAUACCACCAACAUUAAACAAUAAAAGUGAAAUUUUAACGGAGGAAUAUGAUGAAAUAGGAGAUGAUGAUGGCGAUGAUGAUGAAGAUGAUGAUGAUGAAGAUGAUGACGAUGACGAUGACGAUGGGAAAAGUGACCAAAACGAUGGAGGUGACAGUUCUAAAGAAGAGGAUUUUUGAAAUCGAAACAUAAAUGAAAUAUAAAAAAAAUAUGUUCUUAAAU